AUGUAUAACCCAAGGGAAGAUCUGUACGGGGAGUACGAAGAGGACUAUGAGGACUAUGAGCUGAGUGAAAACGAGAGCCUGUGGAGUCCAGGACUAAGCUCCCGGUCAACAAGCCUCUCAUUAACACCCCUCACUCCACCGCCUCUGUUCGAGGACGACGAGAUCUACUUCCCCUCAUACGACGACUACGAGAGCCAUUCCACGCCGGAGAAUGAUGCUGGAAUCCCAAGCGCAGAACCAGAGUCUUCCCCUGAACUCCCUUCAUCCGCGGUGCGGAUACCCCACGGCCUUCAGAUCGAGCGUCCUGAGGACGACACAGCCGUGCGCGUCCAACCAUCGAGACAUGUCGAUUAUCUCUCACAUGACUGGAAAGAGGAGGAGCUCUGGGCGUCCUGGAAACACAUAGUAUCGAGAAGGAAAAUAUACAGCAACAGCGCGCGGUUAGAGAACGCAUCCUGGAGAGCAUGGGAAAAGAAACGGAGAAAUCUGAAGACCACCUCUCCGGAAACCGUCAGAUGGUUAAAAGACCACGACGUGACAUGGCUGUACGGCCCUCUUCAACCCGGUUUCUGCACCUGGGACCGAAGCCACCCAUCAGAUGCCGAGCCUCGCAGGAACUCCGCUCCUCCCGAUUCUCCCCACUUCCCCAUGAAGCCCAUCUUAAAGAAACGCACUCUCAGCGAGCUGAUGCUGCGGAGAUCAAUAUCCUCUGCUCCAAUCCUGAAGCCCACUGUUCUGAACGACGACUCCUCAUCAUCCCUCUUUUCCACCCCCGGACUCACACGCGCGAGUACCUCCCCCUGCUCGUCAUCCACGAACCUAAACCGCAGUCUGAACUCCUGGAAGAUCGUCCGCUUCCACGAGCUCGUCGAGCAAUGCAUAGCGCUCACUCACCCUCCCGAAGACCCCUUCACCACCCUCACAUCACAACGGACUUUCAGAUCGUCCUCCCUCCCAUCUCCAACUCCAACUUCAACUUCCCCAUCAGGCUCCUCCUCCCCCUCCAACAAAACGAUCCAGAAACUACCACACGCACCCCUGAAGAGCCCGGAACCCGAGGCUCCUCGAUUAAGCAUCUCGCGGGGAAUCCAAACCCCAGCCAUCACUCCUCCUCCCGGGCAGCUGUUCUUAUUCGGCGACGAGGAAGAAGAAGAGGAGGAGGAGGAGGAGGAUGACGAUUGGAGACCGCCGUCUUGGAUGCAAGGACGCAGAGAUAGUGUGCAUCUAUUCCGCGACAGACUCGAAGCCAUCAAGCGCGACCUCGGGACCUCCUCCACUCUCCCCAGCCCUCCCUCAAUCUCCAUCCCCCCAGCACCCACAAUCCCAAACCCAAUCCCAAACCCAACCCCAUUCCAACUUCCCUCCUCCCCGACCCCGCCCUGCCUCUCCGACACCACAAGUUCCAGCUCCAGCUCCAACGACGAAGAUGACGACGACGACUACGAUUACAUCGAGACGUAUCACCACCAGCACCACUCUCCAUCUUCAUCUUCAUCAUCCUUUACCAAACCCCUCGCCGAUGUCACUAAUACUCCAAUACCGCUGAUUCGAGACAACACCACGAACAACAUCGUAAGUAUCGUGGAUAGUGUGCGUGAUACGUGCACAGCGGAGAUGGAACGCGGGUUUCGCGAUUGGGAGGCUGGCUUUCGACGCCAUUGGGAUCGGGAUUGGGAGUUGGAGCUCGGUGAGGAGGAGGCGUGGACCAUGGCUGUUUGA